AUGAUGACGUGCCGUCUGCUGUGCGCCCUGCUGGUGCUCGCCUUGUGCUGCCGCCCGUCCGUGUUCGCGUCAGAGUCUGAGACGGCUCAGGUUGAAGAUAUUGUAAGCGGAACCUAUUCACCGUCUCUUGUACCAGGAGCACCACAGCGGGCCAUUGUUUCAGAGUCAGGAGCAUCACUAGUGCCUAAGCCGGCUGCGAAACCAGAAGUUGACGGAGAAGUUCAGUUGAAAAGUGGCGAAGAUGGACAAGGUUUGGCUGGUCCGGGACCGAAAGCAAUUGCCGCGUCCAAUGAGUUACAGGGAGACGGUGAGGACAUUACGACAGUAUCACAAAGUCGCACGAGACAGCCGGCAGAAGAAAAAGUUGAGAGCGCCGAAGGCCUUGCCAAGACGACUAAGACCACUAAAAUAAAGUCACCAGAGGGAGCAUCACCGGGGGAUUUGCCAGCGAAGGCAACAGAUUUAACACCAUCACCGCCAGUGGAAGGACCACUCCCCAAUGCAGAUAAGGCGCCGGUGCCGCAGCCAGAGGAAGACUCAGUGAGCGCGAAGCCAAACAAAGAUUUGGCAGAAGAGGACAUCGCCACCACCACAGACACAGAUCAGAUUGAAACAUCUGGCGGUAGAGCCGAAUCAACCACAACAACAACCCUCGUUGCCAGCGAUAAUGCAAAUAACGAAGCAGACAGAAGCACUGGAGAAGAUAUUCCGAACAAUACACCGGAUUCCGAUGUGUCAGGGACAGAAGAAAGGCGGGAUGAAAAUAAAUAUAAUAAUACGAAGAAAACACCGGUCCAAGUCGCGGAUAUAAAAAGUGUCACGGUGGCGUCUGGCAACAGUGACAGCAGCACCGCGGUCUCUCACACCUCCCCUCUUUUGCUUCUUCUUGUUGCGGCUGCUGCUGCUGUGGUGGCCGCGUGA